AGGUGUCACAUCUCCACCGAGGAUCUGGAUAAGAUCAUCAGAUUUGUCAGCAGCACAACCGUAAAGCACACCGGACAGUAAAGCGAUACAGGAUCUGCAUUAAUAGGAACUAAGCUGCUUUUUUUUUUGCUUGCUUCUAAAUAUAAUUUCAUCCAUCACUGGAACUGAAGACAAAAAGAUCUGCAGGCAUGAACAACAGACUGGUCCUCGUUGUCCUGUUCGUGACACUGUCCUCGCUAUCUAUGGGCACCUACGGUCAAACCACAACUAAUAUGACAACACCUGAUCCGCCAACUGAGACUACAAAUAUGACAAUGGCACCAACCAUGACAAUGAACACAGGGAACAGCUCCUCAGUUGCGCCAGAUACAACAAUGGCACCAACCAUGACAAUGAACACAGGGAACAGCUCCUCAGUUGCACCAGAUACAACAAUGGCACCAACCAUGACAAUGAACACAGGGAACAGCUCCUCAGUUGCUCCAGAUACAACAAUGGCACCAACCAUGACAAUGAACACAGGGAACAGCUCCUCAGUUGCUCCAGAUACAACAAUGGCACCAACAAUGACAACAGCAGCAGGGAACAACUCCUCAGUUGCACCAGAUACAACAAUGGCGCCAACAAUGACAACAGCACCUGCCACAGUCGCAACAACAGCCCCCCCACUGACGCCCAACACAACAGUAGAAACUCUAGAGACAGAUAUUUCUCGCGCAGGAUGUGGGACCGAGCGGCUCUGUGCAGCUGAGCCCUCUACAUGCGACCCCGCCAUUGCAGGGUCAUGCUUCUUUCUUUCUGCUAAGCAGCAGAGUGGUCAAAACUUCGAGUUUGGACUCUCUGGAGAGUCAGAGGGCUACCUGGCUGCCUCCCUGUCAGUUGACAACACACUGGGAGACAACGACCAAACUUACGUCUGUGCAAACAACAACGGUCUUGUUCAGUUCUUUGGCGCUCUCCUCAACAAUGGUCAGCUGACUGUAACCCAGCUGAACGCGAACUCUGUGAGGGGCAGGGUCAAUGGAAACAGAAUCCAGUGUACAUUUGCUGCCACUGUGCCAGGCUCAACUACAAGAGCAUCGACCCUUUCACUUGCAAUCUCCACUGGACCUUUCAACAGCACUUCCGGCACUCUGGGACCCCCGAACACCCAAUUGAGGAGUGAUCCUGUAGACCUGGGAAAUCCUAACGCCACCGUCACCAAUCAGAUUACCCCCAACAGCACUGUUUCUCCCACUACAGUUGCUGCUACGACCGCCAACCACGCCAUUACACUGCAACAAUCACUGAUGCAAGCUCUGCUGAUCUCUGUUGGUGUCCUGGGUCUGGCCAUGCGAUGAAGAAACUGAAAUCCCCCAAAACCCUGACUUCCCGAUCCAUAAACGCGUGCUUCAACAUAUAAGCUGUUAAACAUCUCACAGGAACUUAUCUACAGAGCCUCUCAGAUUGUUGAAAUCAUGGUUAAUAUUAUGUCAGGAGGAGUUGUUGGAGGGCGGUUACUCUUCUACAUCCUUCUGCAAGCAAUUUUCACUUCUAUGAUGAAUUAAGUGAAUUGAUUUUUAGGAGUUUUUAAUUUAAAGUAUAUGAAGCAUAUUUUUUGUUUGUUUUUGUUUGCAACCACAGGACUGCUGGAUUUUUGUCCUAAAACUGAUUUAAUUGCAGGCAAAUACAACAUACAACUCAAUGUUUUUAUCCUGUCCUGUCACUCAUAACGGUGUCCACAAAUGGCAGAUGUGUCUUUUGUAAUGUUAUUAUGUUUUUCUCUUCGGUGUGAAUGCACAUAUUGUUGCACAUUUUGUUCAUCACAAUGAAGCCUUCACUGGCUGAUAUUUUCAGGUGUCUGUGUGAGCAAGUGCACAUGAGCCAUUGCUCAUAUGGACUGCUAGAUUUGAUACCAAAUAUUGGUAUAAUUUAUUUUGCACCUUGCUUAUGUAACAAUUGAUUUUUUAUUUUGAAAUAAAUAAUUUUAUCCAAA